UGCGUGCUGUCACUUCCCCUCCCUCUUUCCCCAUCUCUACCGCUCGCUGCUGGUGGCCCCGUGAUCCCCCCACGGUGCGAAUGGGGGCCGGAAGCGGAGAGGCGGCGAUGUCUCCGCCGUCCUCCGGCGGCAGCGGAAGCGGCGGCGGGAAGCGCGGGCGGGACCCGGAGGAGGACGUGUACGUGGACAAUCUCCACUCCCACAAGCGGUACCUCAGCGAGAUAAUGGCGUCCAGUCUGAAUGGACUGUCUGUUGGGGAUUCACUGCCUGACAACAUCAUGGAGUCCCCUGCAAGGUCAGAGACUGCUUCUUGCUUCAGGGAUGAGAUAUUAUCCCAAUACUCGCCAAUGUCAGAAGACUCAGAUGAUUACCGGUGCUAUGACACUCAAUUAAACCCCAGUGGGAAUCAUCCUGAUGCGAUGAUCAGCCCUUCAACUAGUCCAAUGUCAUCUCCCCACCGACACCAGAGACCACAAUCUCCUCUGUUACCUUCAAACCCAUACCCUCUCCCAAGCUGCUCCCUUUCAUCGGUAGUCUGCUCUCAUGCUCGGCGUGGCUCCGAUAAUGAAGGUCGGUUCCCAUCCUCACCAAAUGACAUGUGCCACGGGGCAGAUCUGAGGCGAACAGCACUGCUGAGGUCAGUGCAAAUGAGGGUGCAGGGACCCCAUUCGUACGACCUAUCAUUCGGCAUGAGACAAGGACAAGAACAUGUACAUGAGCAUGAAGAUGAACAUGAGCAUGAACAUCUAGAGGAUUUGGAAAGGACAGAAAGGUCAUCAUCUUGCAAUAAGUCAAUCGUUGACGAAAUCGCGUACCAGAGACCUGACCAUGAUUUUGGUCAACCAGAGCACGAGAUAGAUUACAUCAACAACUGCACAUCAGAUGAUUGUCCAAGUGACCUAAAAUUUAAGCAUGAAGAUAAGAGCCAUAGUAAAUUUGAUACCCGUAUGGACAAGAAUACAUAGCACAGGGAACAUACUGUAUCACUUUCACUUUUUUUUUUUUUUGGAUUAUAGCUCUGCUUAACUUUGUUGUAGUUUUGAUGGUUGUCUUAUCCACUGUUGUCCGUGGUUUGGGCAUCAGCGUUCUGAGUAGCGACAUUGUAAUAUUUGAGUGAAAAUAACCUUUGGAGCGUUGCAAUGCCAUCAGAUUGUAUGUAAGCUCACCGACAAAAUUGUUUGAAAUGGCACAUUAGCCCUUGUAAUGCAACUCAAGUAGCAAACAGGAAAAUUUGUUCUGAUAAGGAA